UGUGCAUCACCGCCACACGCACGCCUCGCUCACAUCGCUCACGUCCGCCCGCAGUUAGUUUGUGUCAGUGCGUGAGACUGAAGAUGGUCAGAAAGUGGAGGAGUUAAUUACAGUGGCUUGCUUUUCUCCCGGUGACAGAGUGACACGGUGUGGAAGGUGGAUAUUCAGUAUCUGCGACACGGUUCGACUUCAACCUUUUCUCUCGCCUGCGGUUGACAGACUCACUCAGCCCCGCUGUGAACACCCGAGAUGUGGGAACAGGAGGAAUUUGCCAAACACUGGAGAAAUGAGUUUCCAGACGGAGAAGUGCCUCACAUGGAGUUUAACUCCGUGGAGGACAUCGAGUCUGAGUUGGAGGCUUCGAAGUCCAACCUGAAGCGGCUCCAAAAAUCUCUGGCGGAGGAGAAAUUCAAGGUGAUCUACCUGCAGACCACCAUGGCGCAGCAGAAAAGACAAGAGCAGGCGGGGAGGUUUGAAGGCAAGGACGAAAACUUUAAUGCCGACACAUUUGUGCUUUCUAAUGCGGAGAAUGUUAAUAGAAAACCGCUGCGGCGGAACGGUGAGGGUGACGCGGAGAGGAGCAAGGUGUCUGACGGUGGAGGCGUUAAGGUCCAGGCGGCAGGUAUCACACCGGUGCUCAGCGCCUCCUUCAGCCGCGAGCGGAGCAGAUUCAGCGGCAAGACAGGGAAGCCCGUGCCCAUCCCCGUCCCACCGCAGAAACCCAGCUUUAGGAAAGACACCGCGGCUCCUGUCACUGUCUCUCUCCGCAAUGACAACGAGGAGAGCAGCGACAGAGAAUUCGAAGACCCGGAGCUGAACGAGAAUUUCGUCAGGAAUAACUUGUUGGCACCAAAGAGCAUCAGCAGGGACAACUCGAGCGCUCAACACCGGGACAACCUGCGGCCUUUCCGCCACAGCAGGGACUUCGACUCGGGCGACGAUGGCAGGUUGUCCCCGUCCUUCCCGCACAUCCACCGCAGAGCGUCGCGGGGCUCCGGGUGCAGCACACCAGACCGAAGAAGUGACGGCUACCUGAGCUCCGACCACGAAGACUCCUCAUCUGCAGAUUUUAACUACAACACAGAUGGCUACGAGGGAGACGGGGCAGAGGACGGCAAGUCUCAGGACGGUUCGGAGACGCUGCCGUUCAUAGAUGAAUCGCCCACCAUGUCGCCGCAGCUGUGCUUGCCCCAAGGUCAUGAUGGAGAAGCGGUCUCCCCCUCACCACCAGAGGGCCUGCUGCAUGGGGGCAACAUAGAAAAAGGGCUGGAAAUGAAGAAACUGGUGCUGUCUGGUUUCUUGGCCAGUGAGGAGAUCUACAUUAACCAGCUGGAAGCACUCUUACUGCCCAUGCGUCCUCUGAAAGCCACAGCCACCACCUCUCAGCCUGUCCUGACCAUCCAGCAGAUUAAGACCAUCUUCUACAAGAUCCAGGACAUCUUUGAGAUCCACAAGGAGUUCUACGAUGCCCUCCUACCAAACAUCCAGCAGUGGGACGAGAAGGUCACUGUGGGCCAUUUGUUCCAGAAACUGGCCAGCCAGUUGGGUGUGUACAAGGCUUUUGUGGACAACUACAAGGUGGCGCUAGAGACGGCGGAAAAAUGCAGCCAAGCCAACAGCCAAUUCCAGAAGAUAUCUGAGAACCUCAAAGUUAAAGGUCCUAAAGACUCCAAAGAUUGCACCACAACUAUCUCAAUGGAGGCUCUUCUUUACAAGCCAAUUGACCGCGUCACCAGAAGCACCCUGGUCCUUCAUGACUUACUAAAACACACGCCCAAGGACCACCCAGACUUCCCCCUCCUGCAGGACGCUCUGAGGAUAUCUCAGAACUUUCUCUCCUCCAUCAAUGAGGAGAUUGACCCUCGUAGGACAGCUGUCACCACACCCAAGGGAGAGGCUCGCCAGCUGGUGAAGGAUGGUUUCUUGGUGGAGGUGUCGGAAAGUUCCAGGAAGUUGCGGCACGUCUUCCUCUUCACCGACUUGCUGCUCUGUGCCAAGAUGAAGAAAACGGCUGUGGGCCGUCACCAGCAGUACGAGUGCAAGUGGUACAUCCCUCUGGCCGACUUGACUUUCCAGACUCUGGACGACUCUGACUCGUGCCCCAGCAUCCAGGUCCUUCCUGAGCACGAGCUCGAGGAGAUGAAGAUCAAGAUCUCGGCCUUAAAGAACGAGAUACAGAAAGAGAAGAAAGCACCCAAGGGUCAGAGCCGUGUGGAGCGUCUCAGGAAAAAGAUGAAUGAGCAGGAGUCGUGGCUGCUCACUCACUCGCCCACCAUCCCAUUCCGCAUCCACAACAGACAUGGGAAGAGCUACCUGUUUCUCCUCUCCUCUGACUAUGAGAGGGCAGAGUGGAAGGAAAGCAUCCAGAAACUCCAGAAAAAAGAUCUCCAAGUGUGUGUACUAAGUUCGUUCGAGCUUCAGGUCCUGACCAGUUCCUGUUUCAAACUCCGAACCGUGCAUAACAUUCCUGUCACCAGUAACAAAGACGAUGAGGAGACUCCUGGCCUGUAUGGCUUUUUGCAUGUGAUCGUCCACUCUGCCAAAGGAUUCACGGACUCAGCCAAUCUGUACUGCACCCUGGAAGUGGACUCGUACGGAUACUUUGUCAGCAAGGCCAAGACCAGAGUCUUCAGGGACACGACAGAGCCACAGUGGAAUGAGGAAUUUGAGAUCGAGUUGGAGGGCUCCCAGCACCUGCGCAUCCUGUGUUAUGAGAAGUGUUACGACAAAACCAUGCUCAACAAAGACGACAACGAGAUUGUGGACAAGAUCAUGGGCAAAGGGCAAGUCCAGCUGGACCCUCAGACAGUGCAGUCCAAGAACUGGCACAUGGACGUCAUAGAGAUGAACGGGAUCAAAGUGGAAUUCUCCAUGAAGUUCACGAGCCGAGACCUCAGCUUGAAGAGAACGCCAUCCAAAAAACAGAGUGGGGUGUUUGGAGUCAAAAUCAACGUGGUGACAAAGCGUGAACGCUCCAAAGUGCCUUACAUCGUCCGACAGUGCAUUGAGGAAGUGGAGAAGCGAGGGAUAGACGAAGUGGGAAUCUACAGGAUCUCAGGGGUGGCCACCGAUAUCCAGGCCCUCAAAGCAGCUUUUGACACCAAUACCAAAGACAUCCUGGUGAUGCUGAGCGACAUGGACAUUAACGCCAUCGCAGGGACGUUGAAGUUGUACUUCAGGGAGCUGCCGGAGCCUCUGCUCACCGACCGCCUCUAUCCCGCCUUCAUGGAGGGCAUAGCGCUCUCAGACCCAGCAGCCAAGGAGAACUGCAUGAUGCACCUCCUGCGCUCGCUGCCGGACCCCAACCUCAUGACCUUCCUUACUCUGCUGGAGCACCUCAAACGAGUGGCCGAGAAGGAACCCAUCAAUAAGAUGUCCCUCCACAACCUGGCCACUGUGUUUGGCCCCACUCUGCUCAGGCCGUCAGAGUCUGAGAACACAAAGGCGCAUCACAUCACCUCCGCUUCUGACAUUUGGUCACAUGACGUCAUGGCACAGGUCCAGGUGUUGCUCUACUACCUGCAGCAUCCUCCCAUCUCCUUUGCUGAACUGAAGCGCAACACACUCUACUUUUCCACUGACGUUUAAGCCCCACCCACCUUCCUCAGGGCACCACCCACAGGUGAAAGAGUGGGAGACUCCACACACACACACCCUCGUCCUGGUCCUCCCUGCCUCGUGUCCCCUCUCUAAAGGCAGCUCAUCUCGACUGUAUAGCCCCACCCCUUUCCCUGCCACACACACACACACAGGCACGCACACACAUGCACACACUGAAUAGAGAUGGAGCUGAAUCCAAACAGAGGUGCUGAUGGAGGUUUUCCUGCUCGUCUGUCACUCAUGCAUCAUGUCCCGUUAGUCGUGUGAGGAGAGCAGAACCGCCCCACCACACCACCCUCCAUCAAGGCCGCAAGGGAUUCUGGGGAGCCCGGUAGGAACGGUGGAGGAGUCUGGAGGAGGCCACAGCCUGGUGCAGUGGCACGGCGGCGUGUGCAACGAUUUCUUCUAACAAGCUCUUUCCAGACACUGGUGUUAUGAUCUCAGAAUCAACACCUCCAGCUCUUUUUUUUUUUCCCGCCUGAUCAGAGGCAUUCCAAACAAAAAAAAAAGGCAUUUACAUGUUUUCUAAUUGAGUUUGACGGCUCAUUGUGUUUCCUUUCUUCUGUCUUCCUUGGCUUUUGUGCAUGAGGUGGAGGAGGCUGAGGUCGUAUGAGUGACAGUGGAUGUACUUGAGUAAGUGUGUAUCUGUGUGUGUGUGUGUGUAGAAGUGGCUCUGGGAAGUCAUUCUAAUAAAUGACUGGUGAUGCGUCUCAGACAGAGGAGAACCCGCCGUCCCCUUCGAGCCUUGGCCCGAAUUAGCCCUAUUUAUUUUAAAUAUAUAUAUAAUAAGUGUGCCUGUACAGUUCUGUGCAACUAGAGAAAAUGCUCUAAUGAGUCUGUUUUCUGAAGUUUAUUCAGGUAGUGGUGUUAUUUUGUAGUCAGAUUUUCCUCAUUCACCAUGUCCACGGUUGGUAAGCUGUACUGAAAAGAUGGCAGAAAGUCUCGCAAAUAACCUUUUUCUAGAGGAGAAAAGCCGCUCUGUGAUGUGAGGGAGGAAAAAAAAACAAUGAAAGGACAUUCAACCUUUUUUUUUUUCUCUUGUUGCAUUGCAAAGCCUGUUCCAAGUGUCUCCCCGCGCCGCUGUAAUCUAUAGGAUGAUUUGUGUAGUUGUGCAUGUUCAGCUUGUCAAUCAAAGCAGGCAGGGGUAACAACAAAGGUGAACUCUGGCUCAGAACGCUCAUCUCUGCUCUGUACAAAGCCAAUCUCUCCGCUCUCAAGCCUGCGACAUAUCUUUCAAAUACUGUAAGCACUGCUAGAUGAGUACUAUUUGAUAUUUUUAAUAUAAGAUGAAAAUGAAAUAAAAACUGUUGUAUUUUACUUCUUUGGAGGAUAAUUUCAAUAUACUGUAAUAUUGAGGCUCAAUGUUAAUGUGAACUUUUCCCCCUUCUUUUUUAGUAAAAUAAAAGCUCCCAGAACACUC